AUGUCUGAUAUUAAGCCACGGAUCAAGAGUAAUGAUUUAUACGUUUUCCAGCUCCCACAGGACAUUUUGAACUCUUUGCAGUUGAUGGUCUUUGAUGAUUCGGUAGCUGAAGUUCAAACUGACAAACCUAGUGCUGUUGCCAAUGUCAAGAAGGAAGCCUCAAAGGAAGACCAAAGUGUUCAAGGAAGAUGUGGCACCUGCGAAAUUGACUCCAAACCCGAUGGAAAAGAACACUACAAGACGGAUUUCCAUCGCUUCAACAUUAAACGUAGGCUCAACGGUUUGUCACCAAUAACUUUGAGCGAGUUUGAGAAACUAGUUGAGAACGAAGACGUAGAGAGUUUGUCGGGUUCAGACUCUAAUUCAGACUCAGAGGACGACUUUUAUGACGAGGACAAGGAUAAGCUAUCAAGUAUAUUGGAAGAGCAGCUUGCCUCGAUGACAGUGUCUGGCCAUUCCAACGACGGUACUGAAGGGACUCAAAAUGCAAGUCAUUUGAACACAAGGUCUCCGCAGAUCUUUUUCAAAUCCCCAUUUUUGGAAAAGGACGAGGUCUUUGCCGCUUACAAGGCUCUCUUUUCGAAAGUUUCGAUCGAAAUGGCGCUAGAGACCAUUAAAAACUGGAAUCAGUCCAUUCAAGAAAAGAAGGAUGACGAAUUACCAUAUUCCGCAUUGUUCAUGGUUGGAGGUGGCCAUUUUGCAGGUGCCAUUGUGUCUCACAAACGUUUGAACAUAAAAGGAAGUAUGACAAAGAACAAUGAGACUCUACAAGAAAGAGCCGUUCAGUUUUUGGAGCACAAGACUUUCCACAGGUAUACCACCAGAAGAAAACAGGGUGGCUCCCAAUCGGCAAUGGACAAUAGCAAGGGAAAGGCAAACUCAGCGGGUUCUUCUCUUAGGAGAUACAACGAAGUCGCACUAAGAAUGGAUAUUCAGCAGCUGCUGAACCAGUGGCAGCCAUACCUGAAGAACUGUCAAAACAUUUUCAUUCGUGCCAAGAGCACCAGCGACAGGAAAAUCUUCUUGGACAGCAAUACCUGUCUUGACAAAGAUGAUCCAAGAAUCAGAUCUUUCCCUUUCACGACGAAACGACCAACCGGGCACGAACUGAAAAAAGCCUGGUGCCAGCUCACCUACUUGCAUAUAAACCAUAAACCCAAGGUGGAAAUCAAGAAAGAAGUUGUAGCGAAAAAACCAGACGAAAUUCGAAGCCCUGUACAAGAAUCCACACCAGUGGUCUCAGACCCUGAUGAAAUUCACACUCGGGAGCUAAUAUCUCUUCUAAAGAAAUCGAGAGCUCCAGCGCUAAUAUCUUAUCUUCGCAAAAACAACUUGGACGUGAAUUUUGUGCUCAAGCCGCAAGAUGAGUGGUUCCAAACCCCCACAAUGUUGCAUUAUGCGUCUCAGCAAGGCCUGAGAAACAUGGUGCUCAUCUUGCUAAGCAACCUCAAGUGCGAUCCUACCAUAAAAAAUGAUGCGGGGAAAACUCCUUGGGCGUUAACGAAGAAAACAGAGGUCAAACAGGCUUUCCAGAUGGCAAGACAUAACUUGGGAGAACAGUUCACAGACUGGAAUCUCUCCGGCGUUGGUGAGCCAUUAAGCAGAGAAGAUGUAGAGUCGAUUAAUGAUCAAGAGAAGCAGCGUUUGGACUCAGAACAGGCGAAAUUGAUAGAGCAAGAACUAAGUGCUGCAAAAGAAAAACAAAGAUUCGAAAAAGAGGCAAGUCGUGGACCAGGGAAGGUUCUCGCACCUCAGCUAUCCUCCCUGCAACGAAACACUAAUUCCUUGACAGACGAUCAGCGCAUGCGGCUAAUGAGGGAGCAGCGCGCACGGGCUGCAGAGGCUAGAAUGAAACUCAAUAAUAGUAAAUAA